CAGAGGAUUAGGAAGGACUCGUGUCCUCCUCAAAUCUCCAAACCCUGCGCAUUUAUAAUGUACUUGCAGAAUCUCUGUCCCUCUCUCUCUCUCUCCUCUCUAUUCUCUCUCUCCCCAACCACAACCAGAACCACAGCCACAGCCAAUUGCCACAACACCAAAUGCUUACCUUGAAUAUCAGUUGUCCUUCCCCUGUCACUUUCUCCAAAUCCCGCCGUCAACUCCCCUCUAUUAAUGCCCCCUCAUCCCCUUCCCCCCCCCCCUCCUCCUGUUCACUUCUCACUCGAAUCCAAACGCAAUCAUAUCCUCUGCACCAAAAACCCACCUCUCUCAGACCCCAAACAACCCCCAAAUUCUCCAAAUUCUCAAGCUUUACCAGAAUCUAUGGCUACCCAUUUGGAAUUUCUUCAAAAGAAACAAAACCCAUGGGCCAUAUUCGAGAUUCGAGCUCAAAGAUCAGCCAUUGGAGCGAAGCCUGUGAAUUCCCAUCUGGGUUUGGGAGAAAACCCAGGUCCCAAAUCCCAAAAGCUGCUUCUGAAUCCAAUGCAGGAGGGGAAACUGAAGCUGCAGUCGCAAAGCCCAAGGCCACCACCGCCCAGCUCGCGCUUAUUUUUGGGCUAUGGUACUUCCAGAACAUUGUCUUCAACGUCUACAACAAGAAGGUACUGAAUGUCUUUCCAUAUCCAUGGCUUCUUGGAUCUUUUCAGCUCUUUGCUGGGUCUGUUUGGAUGUUCAUUCUUUGGUCUUUGAAACUUCAACCCCGCCCGAAAAUUUCUAAACCAUUCAUUGUUGCACUCCUUGGACCUGCAUUGUUCCACACUAUAGGCCACAUUUCAGCAUGUGUCUCGUUCUCUAAGGUGGCUGUUUCUUUCACCCAUGUAAUCAAAUCGUCCGAGCCUGUUUUUUCAGUAGUGUUUUCGUCGUUCCUAGGCGAUUCGUACCCUUUACAGGUCUGGCUUUCAAUCCUCCCUAUUGUUAUGGGUUGUGCUCUUGCUGCUAUUACUGAGGUGUCAUUCAAUGUGCAAGGCCUUUGGGGUGCUUUGAUUAGCAAUGUCGGGUUCGUGUUGAGGAACAUUUACUCGAAACGUAGUUUACAGAAGUUCAAGGAAGUAGAUGGGUUGAACUUGUAUGGUUGGAUCAGUAUAAUUUCGUUCUUCUAUCUGUUUCCCGCCGCUAUUUUCCUUGAAGGGUCUCAAUGGGUUCAAGGAUAUCACAAAGCUCUUGCAGCUGUAGGAAAACCAUCCACAUUGUACCUAUGGGUGUUGCUAUCUGGAGUGUUUUACCAUCUCUAUAACCAAUCAUCGUAUCAAGCUCUUGAUGAAAUUAGCCCCUUGACCUUUUCAGUUGGAAACACAAUGAAGAGAGUGGUGGUAAUAAUAUCGACUGUGUUGGUGUUCAGAAAUCCAGUUAGACCUCUUAACGCACUUGGAUCCGCCGUUGCAAUUUUUGGGACUUUCUUGUAUUCGCAGGCUACAGCUAAAAAGAAAAAGGGUGGUGAAAAGAAGGAUUGAAUAUAAUUUUUACUUGGUCUGCUUUAGGCGUCUUAUUUUUUGGCCUGGUAAAAUUUGUGAUUUUGCUUUGGUUUGUUGUACAGCUAUCAAGUUUUAAUAAUGGCUCAGGUUUCAUAUCAUCGUUUCUUCCCCCUUGAAUUUAUGCUUGCGUCCGUGUGUGUUACCGAUGAAUGUAUGCUAGGAUUGAUGAGGCCUUUAUUCUACCUGUUCACCUGUUACCUGAUUCAAAUGAUUUAGUUUUGAUGUUUAUUUGAGCCUAGAGAUCUAGGAAGUUGAGUGCAGGAUUUUGCCUUUUUGUUAAGCUUACACAUAUGGAGGAGGUCAUUUUAUUGUUAAGCUUCAAAUGCUUGUUGUCUGGCUUUAUAGUUAUGCAGCACCUGAGACUCUGAAGGUCGGGAACGUGGAUUACUUGUAAUGUGGUAGUUUAGUGUUCCUAUAUUUCUUGAGCUUCCUUACCUUGUAAGAACAAGCUACAGCAUGUAGGAUAUUGGCAACUCAGGAGUUUUCUGUACACUCUGUGUCGUCCAAACUAUAGACAGCAUGUAGGAUAUUUUAUUUUAAAAUAACACAGAUGAAAACUUGCACUUUAGUGAUAUUUUAAGUAAAGCAAAGAAACAAGGCUGGCUCUAGAAUGAAGUCGAAAAUCCGAAGGUAUGGAGCCCCAAAUCUAUCUUUCACUUCAAGAAAUUCACAUUUUAUCGAGUUUAAGUUGCGUUGUGUUAAUCUGUAUUUAUCAUUUGCGUGCUCUAUGACAUUACUUCUCUUCUUUUUCUUUUGCUUCUGGGUCUAAGACCGUAAUCUCUGCUUGAUCUUUACGUUAGAGAUUACCUAAAGGCGGAGCUGACUUAAAGUAUCUUCUUUUUCUUCUUGGUUAAUUUGUUCUGUUGCUACUUUCGAACAUGUUUGUGCAUUUUCUUUUGUCAUACGCAAUGACCAUAAUAUUUUGUUACGUUCGACAGCUGAUCUUCGUAGAUGUAUAUUUGAUACCGCUUCCUUGAUUUCUUGCUACUCUGGAUCAUGCUUGUCAGAUUGACGAUCUUGAAAGCAAAUAAGACUGACCGGAUUAACUCCAGAUUACUAACGCAGCAGAUUUAUUCUAUCCAUUGUUGCUUCAUCCUAUGCUUAUUACUUCAACUAUGUCACUGCAGGACCCAAUACAUUAGUGUCUAAAUCUGUCGCGUUCUUCUUUGCGCGUGGCCGGUGUGUAAGAAACUUGCAUUCAAAGUAUAAAUCAAACUCCCCAUCUUAAUAUUGAAGGAGCAACAAUACGUUCACUUUUAUAAAUAUUGAUGAAAUUUCAUCUUCUUACAAGUAACAGUAGCUAGAACACCUCUAUCCAUAUUCCGUAAUGCUUGUCCACCAUAACGUAAAAUUAUUGCACUCUUCUUCUAUCUCCAUCUCCAACCGAAGGGGUUAGCAUGUCGUGCCAACAAGACGAUGAUUGAGCUACAAAGAUUCACUUAAAACACAACCAUUAUUAGCGAGGAAUUUGAAGAAAAUUGGGGAGAUUAUCAUUUUCGACUUAUAUUUUGUAAACCACAUUAUGUGACAGUUGAUGGUUGAAUUUUACCACGAGUUGCUACAACAGGUGAUCUACAAAAUAUGAUUUAAGUAGACAGCAUGAUGGGAAGUCAAUACGCUACUUUCAUUAUCCGUCAGAAAAUGCAUGCUUAUUAGCUUCAAGGAAAGAUGAAGACAAUUCUCCCACGUGUCCAUUCGAAUUCAAAGUCUGAAUGAAGGCAAUUGAUCCUCCGUACUUGUACUUGAUGCGUUUCCACGGUCUUUGCAUACUUGUAUUUGACGCGUUUUCGUUGUUUUUUGUUUUGGUCGAAUGUGAACUCUGCUUUUUAAGAUUGUUCGUCAUUUAUCUCAAUCACGCUACAAAGAAAUGUACAUUGAAAAAAUAAACUACAAGCUAAAGCAAUAAGUGCCAACAAAACCAAAAUUUCCGCAAUGCCAGUGAAAAUGUA